GUGUGGGAGCAACUGGCUAGGUGUUUAGUGUAAUUUUAUAGUCACUAUAUUUUAUCAAGAAACGAACCCACGUUUUAUGAGAAUACAACCGUCGUUCAAUGCCAAGGGACUCGCAGGACAAAUGCCCGGUUCCCAACUCCUGAAAUAAAAGAAAAACAAGAUCUAUAAAGCAGAUGGUUCUGUGAAGCCAUGAGGAAGCUCACCGCAUGGGCGUGGCUGGCAGUGUGGACGCUGACGGCGGGGAUGGCGGGCGCGGACACCAUCCCUCGCGCCCUCAGGUCAGCGGCGCCCGAUGUCUACCUCUCGGACCUCAACGUGUCCAGCUCAGAUUCUCCAAAGUCGUGGUGGUACAGCUGGCUCGUCACCUUGGCCAAGCCUCUCCACGACAUCAGAGACCUGAAACGGCAGCUGCAGUUCGAGUGGCGGCCCAGACUCGGUCGGGAUCCCAUCGAGCUGGCGGGGCUGCCCGAGGGGGAUGUCCUGCCCCCCCCGCAGGUGGCCAUCACCAAGAAGAGCGGCGCGCAAGACAAGAACGCCGUGAGUGAGACCAUGAGGCUGUGGCCCGACGGGGUUGUGCCCUACCAGUUCUCGUCGGCUUUCCUGUUCCUGCCCCUGGAGCGCUACCUGAUCCAGCAGGUCAUGGCGGACAUCGGCAGACACUCGUGCGCGCGCUUCGUCGAGCGGACGCACGAGACGGACUUCCUCAAGAUAGUCUACGAUCGGGACAAAUGCUACAGCCACAUCGGGCGCGUGGGCGGACCGCAGCCCCUGUCGCUGGGCUUCUUCUGCGUGCGCUGGUGGGACCAGGGCACCAUCUACCACGAGCUGCUCCACUCCCUCGGUUUCUUCCACGAGCACAACCGCCCCGACCGCGACAACUACGUGGAGAUCCUGUGGGACAACAUCUCCUCGGGCCAAGACAAGAACUUCAGGAAGAGGUCCUACUCCACCGUCGAGCUCAUCGACCUGCCUUAUGAUUUCGAUUCGGUGAUGCACUACAACCCGUACGCUUUCUCCAAGUGGUACUUCUUGGCCCCAACCAUCAAGUCCAGAGCUAAAGGGGCGCGCUUCAAAAGGGCUAAGAAACCUACCACAAGUGACUACAACAAGUUAAACCGACUGUAUAGAUGUCAACGAACCGGUCGGUUUCAUUACUCUUAUCUCGACGACCCCGGACCUUCUCCCCGAUGGUUUCAUGAAAAUGGCUUCAACGUCUCGGCCGUCGUCCCGCCCCCUCCCCCCCGCGACGCCUCCCGCAGAAGGGUCCGCGCUGGCUCCGAGAGGCUGCCGGUGAGGGCCGCCCGAAGGUCCACGACAGUGCGGUUCCCGGGUCCGGCGCCUGAUGCGGGGAUCCAGGGCCUCACUUCCCAUCCGUGGUUCAAGAAUCGCAUUCUCACUCCAGUCGCCCCGUUUCGGACACCCGGCAAAGGAUUCGGUGUUCCUGCGUCUGCUCCAGUAUUUCGGGAUCCAGGUCCCGAGUUCAAUGGGACUGCCACCAGCUACACGAAAAAUAGUACAUUACUCCUAGCGGGUAAACCCUGGACGCCAGAGUCUGUUGAAAACCCGCAUUUGUUAAUUAUAGAGACCCGUGGUCUCGCAAACGAGAAAAACAAUACUGCACCUCCGAAGGAAACUGCAGCGCCAUCUAUUCAGGUGAAGCCCCCUGUGCCCGCACUGAAGGGAAUGCCAAACCCAGCCCUUACACCUUUGGGCUUAACGAGGCAACAGCCCCAAAAGCUGAAUGACCGAACUGAGUCUCGUGCGUGACAUCGAAGCGUUUCCAAAAACCGACCCUGAUGAAUCGUUCCUUCAAAUGAAAAUAUAUUACGAUACGUUCGUUUCUGGGAUAGUUCAUCCUGAUCAGGUAUCCUUCGCCAAAAUUGACAAUUGCCACAUUAUUGUCUGGUAUUAACGGGUAUAAAUCGUGACAUUUGAAUCUGUACAUUUAUACUGAUAAAAAUGCACAAUGUGUCAUACCGGUGGUUUACAUUCAAAGAACUUCAGUUGACAUCAGCCUUGGAAUCGUUGCUUAGCAGUUUCCAGGAACUGAAACUGUUAAUAUGUAAAUGGUCAUGUAUAGUUUACUACUUUCAUAUUUCAUCGUGUAGAUAACUCAUUGUAGUCUGGUUGAUUCGCAUAGGUUUAAUUGCUGGCCAUUUAAUCAUUUUGCAAUCAACAAACCCAUAGGCCUUGAAAAUGCCCCGAUAAACCGUCUACCUUCGCUAAAUGGCCGUAACAGGUAGGUAUUCAUAGUUGCCAUAUACACAGCCUUAAAUCUACUUGUGGUAACACUGACGUCGUUUGCCCGAAGUCAGUGGCUUUCGGCUGACGUCCAGCUUGCCCGAAGUCAGUGGCUCUCGGCUGACGUCCAGCUUGCCCGAAGUCAGUGGCUCUCGACUCGUUUCAGGCCGUCGACCACAAGCCCUGUUUGAAGAUUCGUCUACCGUGUCAUUUUUAGUAAUUUUAAGUUACUACGAAUAUUUUUGUUUGAAGUCCAUUUCAAGCAACAGAAACUGGAUUAUAUUUCGCUAGCUUAAGACCCUAGUAUUGUGAAUCUUGAACUCUUAAGAGACUUUUGAAUGUACUCUUGUUCAGUUUGCUAUCUUAUUUUUUUUACAUAGGAAUAAUACAAUAAAGUUAAUGAAAAAUGGAUCAUUUUCAUGCCUGUACUGUUUGAAAUAAAUAUAAAAAUAUGUGAACCAAUUUUG